AUGAAAUCUUCUGGACAAAACGCAUUUCUCGAGUUUGAAAAAGCAACCAUUAUCAUCAUGAAAAAACCGCCGAGCGGUAAAAUUGACUCAUUCGGACCGCAAAAUGGCUACAUGAGGGCCGCGAUAUGUGUUGAGACUGAAGAUCAUUCGACACUUUUUUGUCGCGUGAAGAGAGAAAUGAAUACAGCUAUUGACGUGAAUCAAGGAAUUACUGGUCAAAAAGGUGUUACUAUAAAGAACUAUAAGACCAAUCCACGUCUGACUUAUAAGACAGUGACUGGUGUCAAUGGUCCAUUAGUUAUCCUGGGUGAUGUAAAAUUUCCCCAAUAUGCCGAAAUUGUACAAUUGACACUCCCUGAUGGGACGAAACGUUCCGGACAAAUUCUUGAAAUCACCCGCAAUAAAGCUGUCGUUCAGGCAUGUUUUUUCUUGGAUAUGCAUGGUCAUCAGAUAGUUUUCGAAGGAACUGCAGGAAUAGAUGCUAAAAAUACGUCUUGUGAAUUCACAGGCGACAUUCUGCGAACACCUGUCUCGGAAGAUAUGCUCGGUCGCAUAUUAAAUGGUUCUGGCAAACCAAUCGAUAAGGGUCCACCAGUUUUGGCGGAGGAUUUUCUUGACAUCAACGGUCAGCCAAUUAAUCCACGAUGCAGGAUAUAUCCAGAGGAAAUGAUCCAAACUGGAAUUUCUGCGAUUGAUGUAAUGAAUUCAAUUGCUCGCGGUCAGAAAAUACCGAUCUUUUCUGCUGCUGGUCUUCCACAUAACGAAAUUGCGGCACAAAUUGUACGUCAAGGUGGACUUGUCAAAUUGCAUGAUAAACAUUAUGAUAUCAAGAAUGAUAACUUUGCUAUUGUUUUUGCGGCAAUGGGCGUUAACAUGGAAACUGCACGAUUUUUUAAACAAGAUUUUGAGGAAAAUGGUUCCAUGAAGAAUGUUUGCCUGUUUUUGAAUCUUGCUAACGAUCCAACCAUCGAACGAAUUAUUACGCCUCGCCUUGCAUUGACCGUUGCCGAAUUUUUGGCUUAUCAAUGUGAGAAGCAUGUAUUGGUUGUUUUGACUGAUAUGUCUUCAUACGCAGAAGCGCUUCGAGAAGUAUCAGCAGCUCGAGAAGAAGUGCCUGGACGGCGUGGUUUUCCAGGUUAUAUGUAUACUGAUUUGGCUGCCAUAUAUGAACGUGCUGGUCGUGUAGAAGGGCGCAAUGGAUCGAUUACUCAAAUUCCCAUCUUGUCAAUGCCCAAUGAUGAUAUCACACAUCCAAUACCUGACUUAACGGGUUACAUCACCGAAGGACAAAUCUAUGUAGACCGCCAGUUACACAACCGUCAAAUCUAUCCACCGAUCAAUGUACUUCCAUCAUUGUCACGUCUGAUGAAAUCAGCCAUCGGUGAAGGAAUGACGCGUGAAGAUCAUUCGGAUGUUUCCAAUCAGUUAUACGCAUGUUAUGCUAUUGGAAAAGAUGUGCAAGCAAUGAAAGCUGUGGUGGGUGAAGAAGCUUUAUCUUCGGAUGAUUUGCUUUACCUCGAAUUUUUGACGAAGUUCGAGAAAAACUUCAUAUCGCAGGGCAACUAUGAAAAUCGAACAGUUUUCGAAUCCCUAGAUAUCGGAUGGCAGCUACUGCGAAUAUUCCCACGCGAAAUGUUGAAGCGUAUUCCUGCAUCAAUAUUAGACAAGUAUUACCCAAGAGGAGGAGGGGCAAAGGAUAUCAAAGAAAUAAAGGGAAAAGAAGAAAAUAAAGGAGCGCUUCCGACUAGGAAUUAA